GCGGAGCGUUUUAGGGAGCGGACCGAUUUUUAAAGAUGGCGGCGCCCACAGAGCAGCACGGCGGGGAAGGUUGCGGAAGUAGAUGAAGCCGGUGUGGCCUCCUGUGGAGGUGUUUAUGAAGUACUUAUGGGCCUGUAUACCCCGUACUGGAGGGGGCUGUGCUAUACCCGGCUUGUGCGGCCCUCCCGGGUGUGGGGAGCCUCCUAUGUAACAGGUGGGAGGGAUGGGGAGGACAUUGUGGAGGGCACCGUGUGCCAUGGCUGUCACCAGGAUAUGUCCAGGAGGAGGGGGACAUAUAAAGAAUGUAUUUAUCCCAAAAUCUACAGAGACAAGGGGGGUCCUGAGAGAAGAGUGGGGGGAUCUGUCCUCCAUGGACACCCUGUACGCAGAUCAGUGACAUUAUCAGCCAAUCACAGACCUCUUCAUUUGGGGAGCCGGACAUUAUCACCUGAUUGCAAAUCUCUACUUUCUGGGGGACAGACAUUAUCAGCCAAUCACAGAUCCUGUAUAUACAGAUCCUUUCAUUCUGGGGGUCAGACAUUAUCAGCCGAUGGCGGUUGCACGCGCAGAUCUGGGCCGCCUUGGAACGUCGUCUUCUUUGGAACGGAUGACUUUGCACUGGAGUCUCUGAAGAUCCUCCACAGAUACAGCAGUAGAACAGAAGAGGCUCUCGUUGGAAGACUGGAGGUGGUUUCUCUGCCGUCUUCAUUGCCAAAAAGAUUUCCGGUGACGAAUUACGCCGAUGACCAGGGGCUCCCCGUACACCCGUGGCCUGACACGGGGCAGUGUGACGAGUUCGAUGUGGGAGUGGUGGCUUCGUUUGGACGACUCCUCAGUGAGGACCUCAUUUUAAAGUUCCCUUACGGGAUAUUGAACGUACACCCGAGUCUCCUUCCCCGGUGGAGAGGACCGGCUCCCAUAAUCCACACGGUGCUUAAUGGGGAUGAGAAAACCGGAGUCACAAUCAUGCAAAUUAGACCAAAGAGGUUCGAUGUUGGCCCCGUAGUGAUGCAGAAGACAUUCCCCGUUCCUCCCAUGUGCACUUCUAAGGAGCUGGAAGCUGUGCUGUCUAAACAUGGAGCUGAAAUGCUUUUAUCUGUUUUGAAAAAUUUACCACAUUGUUUAAGCUUCACUAAAGAGCAGCCAAAAGAAGGUGUAACGUUUGCCCCUAAGAUCUCCGCUGCGCUUAGUUGCGUCCGGUGGGAGGAACAGACUCCAGAAGAAAUUCUGCGGCUGGAACGUGCGGUUGGAUUUGCGAUACAACUACAAGCAGCAUGGAUGGGAACCCCUAUUAAACUGAUCAGUUUCACAGAAGUUCCGGGUCCUUUAAUCCGUUCAGAUUUUCCAAGACUCCCUGGAGCGAUUCGAUAUCUUCCUGGGCCGGAGAUGUUGGCGGUACGGUGCAAGGACGGCUGGGUUGGAGUCAGAACUGUGAAACUGAAGAGGAAACUGUCAGCCAAGGAUUUCUAUAACGGUUACUUGCACCCCUGGUUCACGCAGAAUUCAAGCUUGCCUAUGGAGGAGUGCCGCUUCUCUACAUUGUAUGUACCAGAAAAACCUAAGACUAAGGCCAAGCAGAAACCUGUGACUGUACGGAACAUGUGACACCGGAGACAGAAGAAGGAGCGGAGGAGUAAAACGGUCAUCCGGUAUUAGAGCCUGGGACAGGAAUGGUCGGGGAUCGCCAACAGUGACCACAUUGUUCCCCCAUACUAGAAAUCUGUACAGGGGAAUGGGCAACCAUCGCCAGCAGGAAGAUUCUAAGACUGGGAAACCAGCAUGGAACACAACCAGGAAGAGGGCAGGAAGUGUGUCAUAGAGGCGGGACGCGUUUCGCAACAGCUCAUUGGUUCCUUCUUCAGCCAGUGACCUGCAUUGCCAACAGGAAGAUUCUAAGACUGUGAAGCCAGUGGUGACUGGAUAGGAACGAAGUUCCACCGUCAUGAACUCCGUAAAACAAAGGGGGGGAUUUGUAGCCAUACAGUAAAACCUUGGUUUGAGAGUAACUUGGUUUGAGAGCGUUUUGCAAGA